UUCUUGGUUUCGAAUCUUCACAUAGCAUAACCCAUCUUGUCUUCCUUGGUUAUACUAUAUUCAAAGAUAUAUUUAAGUAACAAACUUGGAAGUUUUGACAUGACCAAGCUCUCUUUUCAUCUGUUGUUUUGCUCAAUUUUUUAUGCUUUAGUACUUUUGCUUUCAAGGCCUGCAGUUUCUCAAGAAGUUGAUAAUGAGAGUGGGUUUAAUUAUAACGAAGAUGGAAACAAAGGGCCAUCUCAUUGGGGAGAACUUAAACAAGAAUGGCAUGAAUGCAAAACUGGAAAAAUGCAAUCUCCUAUUGAUCUAUCCCACCAGAGAGUUCAAAUUGUACACAAGUUUGUGGACUCCAAAAUUGCUUAUAAUCCUACCAAUGCAACUCUUAUGAACAGAGGUCAUGAUAUAAUGCUAAAAUGGAGUGAUGAUGCUGGAUAUAUUGAAAUAAAUGGAACACGAUAUUUUCUCAAACAAUGUCACUGGCACUCUCCUUCCGAGCAUACUAUUAAUGGUGAAAAAUUCGCAUUAGAAGCUCAUUUAGUGCAUCAAAGCCACAAUGGAAAUAUUGCUGUCAUUGGAAUUCUUUAUGAUAUUGGACAUUCUGACUAUUUCUUAUCCACAAUCAAAGAGCAUUUGGAAGAAAUUUCAGAGACAAAUGAAUAUAUUGAAUUGAAUGAUAUCGAUCCAUCAUUGGUGGAAAUGAAAAGUAGUAUAUAUUAUCAAUACUAUGGCUCUUUAACGGUUCCUCCAUGCACUCAAAAUGUACUUUGGAUUAUCGUUAAAAAGGUUAGGAGUGUUGCAUCCUACCAACUAGAGUUACUUCGAGUGGCAGUUCAUGAUGAUUCAAAUACGAAUGCAAGGCCUGUACAGCCUCUCAACAACAGAAUAAUUCAACUUCGAUUUAGAUCCCAACAUAAUGAGAAGGAGCACUAAUGUUAUAUAUACACACAACAUGUGUUAAAGAAAUUUUCUAUGCAUACUCAAACAAUAAUAAUUACAAUAUAUACAUGUAUUAGAUAUUUGUGUGGUAAUUCUAGUAAUGGAUGGUGUUUACUUACUUAGCUUGUACAUCUCCUUUCCUUUCAUUUGGUUUAUAUGUGUGUGUAUAUAUAUAUGGCAAAUAUCAUUUUGUACCACCGAA